AUGAGCGGACGCAGCGAGCGUCUGGUCAGCUAUUCUGACUCGGAUUCAGACGAAACUGCUCCUCCUCUAGACCAAGGAAUACUACCUGUCGCACAACCAACUGCCAGCGACAAUGACGAUCUCGCCAAGGUAGCCCCUCCGCGUGGAGCGCACACGCAUCGGAUCAAAAGAAAGCUACAGCCGCUCGACGAUGAUAGCUUGCAACAAGCGAGCCGCCCAGCAGCUCGCGACCGAGUGCAAGAUGAGCCAAAGACGGCAUACGCCCGCGGCGAAUGGCUGUGCUACUGCUUUGUGGAAGUCCCGAUGACACCUUCUUUGAGGACCUUGAUCCAGGAAAGCCACUCUCAUGUGGAGCAGGGGCUCCUGCAAGCAUUCCCGGACAAAGCAUGCUUGUUGAAGACAGCCGAUGCCGAGGAAAGCUCAGAGACUCUCCUGUCUACAACUGGAAAGCUGCACAUCUCUCUCACUCGGCCAUUUACGGUCCGCGCUCACGAGAGGGACGAGUACGUCAAGACUGCCUUGGCCGAAAUCGGGCGCUUUUCCACUGGGAUGACCAGCUUCUCCUUCUCUUUCUCGCGCAUCGCCUGCCUCGCCAAUGACGAUGCGUCCAAGCACUUCAUGGUGCUCGAAGUCGGCCCCGGUCGCGAAAACCUGCGCAAACUUUCCACUGCGCUAGGCGCCGAACUACAUCGCGCCUUCCGCGCCAAGUCAUAUUAUCAAGAGGCACGCUUUCACGCGAGCACCACGUGCCUUUCCGCGCCGCCAUCGAACGACACCGACGCCGACAUGCUUGCUUCGCGCUUUCGCGCGCUCAUCGACAGCGUCGAAUCCGAGUGGGGAUCCAAGCUGCGCAAACUGCCGCCGUUUCGCAUCUCCCGCAUCGGCAUCCAAGUCGCCAACAGAAUCACCUACGCAGAAGUCUAG